GUAUUUAAUUAUACAUACAAAUGAAUAGCUCAGAUUAGUAAAAAAUAUACAUUAUUUAGCUUAAAUUGAUGAAGAUAUAAAAUGUUUAGCAAAACAUGUCUCAGCCAUGUUCAUCCACAAUGGCCAGAGAUAACAAACGAUGUUUAAAAAGUAGGUUUGUCUGUGGAGUCAGACUUCAGAGGUUUAUUUAGGCCUAACAGUGUGGACCCCAACCCAUAAUCCUCCUGCAGACACACCUGUAGAGGAGAGUAUAAAGACCCUGGACUGAACUGAGUCAGACAUCAAGCUUCAAGGAGUCUCUCCAGAGUAGCUCGCCACAGAAGUUCCACUGACACCAGACCCACGCUGAAGAUGACUCCCUCUGUCAGCCUGCUGCUGCUGCUGCUGCUCGGCCUCUCUCAGGCACAUCCUCUCCAAGAGGAAGGAAGUGAAGAAGAGGAUGACGACACUGUCGACAUCAGCACCAGAAUUCUGAUGUCCAACAACGCCACCGAUGAGAUCCUGCUGGAAGGAGACCUGCUGGCUCCCAGAACCAGAAACGCCAUGACGUGCUGGUCCCAGAGCUGCUUGUGGAGGAAAAGCUCCAACGGCAAAGUGAUGAUCCCCUUCACUGUAAGCAGUCAGUUCACCAGCUGGGAGAGGCAGAAGAUCCAGAACGCCAUGAAGGCCUUCCACAGCAGAACCUGCCUCCGCUUCGUCCCUCGUCAGAACCAGUAUGACUACAUCAGCAUUGAGAACAAAGCAGGAUGUUUCUCAGCUCUGGGAAGAACAGGAGGCAGACAGGAGCUCUCUCUCAACAGGCAGGGCUGCCUCUACCACGGCAUCAUCCAGCACGAGAUCAACCACGCUCUGGGCUUCCAGCACGAGCAGACCAGGAGCGACCGUGACAGCUACGUCAGGAUCAAUUGGGAGAACAUCGACCCGCGGAUGGCCUACAACUUCUACAAGCAGAACACCAACAACCUGAACACUCCUUAUGACUACUCCUCCAUCAUGCACUAUGGAAGAACAGCCUUCUCCAUCCAGUACGGCAGGGACUCCAUCACUCCCAUCCCCAACGCCAACGUCCAGAUCGGCCAGAGGAAGGGCAUGUCCCAGUGGGACAUCAAGAGGAUCAACAGGCUCUACAGCUGCUAACAACACUGCUGAACCCUUGACAGCCAAAGAUAUUAUUUAGUAAACCAAAUGAGCUCAGUGCCAAAUGCAACAAAUUCACAUUUUUUCCCUUUGAGUUCAAAA